UCAGGAGAAGGGACGGUGAGGCAGUAAAUACGCCCGCCACUCGCCUGCCGGACGUUUUCAGAACGCAUAGCAGGAGCUCAGCGGGGCCCCGUUCCGUGUCCUGGUACCUCACCCCGCUGCCGCACGCCAGAGGGCCGCCGCCGCGCUUCACGCUGCACGUACGCACGUCUGGCGCUGAGUUAAGCGGGCGGCGCAGCCAGACCGCACUCCGAGCUCCACGGAGCCGUCCGCCCAUUGAGUGUGUAGAGGAGGGCAUGCGCCUUCGACUCCACCAGCGGCAUGCAUCCCUUGUGUCUCUCCUCCGGAUCGGCAUCGGCGUCCAAUCCACCCGGCGGCGAUGCGUCAGGGUAGACGCGCGUUGGCAGCGUCGUGGGGCCUCACGGCGGAGGGGCAGGCCCCGGCCGAGGCAAAGCAGGGCGGCGGCUUUCCGCGGCGCGCCCGAAACACCCGUCGGGGCAUCCCCGGGGACGCAGAGCGCGUGCCACAGCGGCCGGUCGGGACGUGACCGCCUAUUCCCGAAGCCGGCCCGACCACGGAGGAAGAGAGAGGCGCGUGGCGUAAGGGCGAUGCGACGGCGCACGUUUCUUUCUUACGGCCCCAAUGGGGCGGGACUGAAACUUGGCUUUAUGAAUCGCAAUAAGGAAACAGUAAGCGCCUCAAGAAAAGCGCCGGAGUUUUUCCUACGGUGA